GACAAAGGUCGGUGUGUGCCAGGUGCAGGUUGUGUGAAUCGCAGCUUGUCAAGCCUGUGAUACUCUGGACAAAACACUGAAUUUGAGUUAAGCCGAGAGUGGUCGAUAUAAUUAUUCAACGUGGACAACGUGGACAGCGAGUUUUCUAAGUGACGACAAUAAAAGGCACACAAAACAAAGAUGGAAAAAGUCGUUCGGAAUGGUACAAACGAGGUGACAAAUCUAGUAGCUGACAUGAGUCUGACAACAGAAAGAAAGAUAGGAACAUUCAAGGUGAAGGCCGGACUUGCUCAGAUGGCAAAAGGAGGAAUAAUCAUGGACGUAACAAACCCGGAACAGGCUAAAAUAGCGGAAGAGGCAGGGGCAUGCGCUGUGAUGGCACUGGAGCGUGUUCCUGCUGAUAUUCGCAGAGAUGGAGGCGUGGCAAGAAUGACGGACCCAAAAACAAUAAAAGAAAUCAUUAAGGCGGUAACCAUCCCGGUAAUGGCGAAGUCUCGAAUAGGUCAUUUUGCCGAGGCGCAGAUACUCGAGGCUCUGGGCGUGGACAUGGUGGAUGAAUCUGAAGUGCUAACCACGGCUGACGACGAAAACCAUAUCGACAAACACAUGUUUACUGUCCCAUUCGUGUGUGGGGCACGUGACCUGGGGGAAGCGCUCAGACGUAUUUCAGAAGGCGCUGCCAUGAUUCGAACCAAAGGAGAGGCAGGCACAGGUGAUGUAUCGCAGGCGGUAACUCAUGCCAGAACAAUAAACAGACAGAUACGGGCUGCCAAGUCAAUGGACUCAACGGAACUCUACUCUUACGCUAAAGAACUCAGAGUACCAGUUGACUUACUACAGAAGACAGCCGAAAUGGGACGAUUGCCAGUCGUCAACUUUGCUGCUGGUGGAUUAGCCACACCCGCGGACGUUUCGUUACUGAUGCAGUUAGGUGUCGAUGGUGUAUUUGUGGGUUCUGGCAUCUUCAAAAGUUCCGAUCCUGCCAAGCGAGCACGAGCAAUGGCCCAGGCGGUUACGCACUUCCGGGAGCCAAAAAUACUGGCUGAAAUCAGUGAAGAUUUGGGCGAGGCCAUGUUUGGUGUUCAUGCAAAAUCGAAUCUGAAAUUUUCUGGAUAUAAAGAAAUAUCGUAAAAACAAAAGAAGUUUAAAUGUACUUUUGUAAUGGAAGGGAAGAGAACUAUUUUUACGUGCCCAUGUCCAAAGGGUUCAGGCACGCCUAUUCCGGACUUGACCUUUGGCAUCGCCAGUGGCCAAUUCCGGGACGGGAGGAUGUACCUUUGUAUGUUUAUUUUUGUUUGCACAAAUUCAAAAUUAAUUAAAUGUUUCACACUAA